GAACGCAGUUGAAGUAGAGUGCGUGAAAUGCGACUCAUGCGGCUUCACGGAAGAAUGCACGCCGGCAUACAUUUCACGGUUGCGGCAGCGCUACCAGGGACGCUGGCUCUGCGGCCUCUGCGUCGAGGCUGUCAAGGACGAGCUUCUCAGAUCCGACACCCUCAUCUCCACCGAAGAAGCUCUCAACCGCCACAUCUCUUUCUGCAGAGACUUCAGAGCUUCAGCCAAACCAGAGCACCCUCUCUUCGCCAUGGCACGAAUCCUUCGAAGAAGUUUGGAUUCCUCUUCUUCUUCUCCGAGGCCUCUCCGGACCAAUUCCACCGGGGCACUUCCACCGCUUCAUCGUGUUCAAACUGCUCCACCAGCCGCUCUUCUUCGAUCCGACAGUUGCUUCUCAUCUAUAUCAGGGGUAUAACACAACUCCAUGAUUACGAUCACUUCCUUUCUUUCUUUCUUUCUUUUAAUCCUUCAUCUUUACUGUAUAUACAUCUAGACUGCUUAACAAAUUCUUCAAACUUUUAAUUCCUUCUUGUUCUCUAA